AGAGAGAGAGAGGGAGAUAGGCAGAAGGGGACAGGAAAUUUUAACAUUGAUUUUUCCAUCUUUCCUUUUUGUAAUUAGAAGAGGACGGGGAAGAAGACGGAGUCCUUUUCUAGGGUUUUCCGACGGAUCUUUUAGGGCUCACGAAAUUCUAUGACUUGAGGACACCACCACCGAAUCGGCCGGAUCUUGAUCUGUGAUUGCCUUCGUUAUUGGAGAGAACAACCACCACCACCACACACGCGGGGGAAAAUCAUGGAUUCGCUUUCUUUCAACUCCCAUGGAAAUCUGGACGAGCAGAUUUCGCAGCUCAUGCAGUGCAAGCCCUUGAACGAGCAGGAGGUAAGAGGGUUGUGCGAGAAAGCUAAGGAGAUAUUAAUGGACGAGAGCAAUGUCCAGCCUGUUAAAAGUCCGGUAACAAUAUGCGGUGAUAUUCACGGGCAAUUUCAUGAUCUGGCAGAGCUUUUUCGCAUUGGUGGGAAGUGUCCAGAUACAAAUUACUUGUUUAUGGGAGAUUAUGUUGAUCGUGGCUACUACUCAGUUGAAACUGUAACGCUUUUAGUGGCACUCAAGGUGCGAUAUCCUCAACGCAUUACAAUUCUUAGAGGAAAUCAUGAAAGUCGCCAGAUAACACAAGUUUAUGGGUUCUAUGAUGAAUGCUUAAGAAAGUACGGCAAUGCUAAUGUUUGGAAGAUUUUUACUGACCUGUUUGACUAUUUCCCGCUGACAGCCCUGGUCGAAUCAGAAAUAUUCUGUCUGCAUGGUGGUUUGUCUCCAUCCAUUGAAACCCUCGACAACAUUCGGAAUUUUGAUCGUGUUCAAGAAGUUCCUCAUGAAGGUCCCAUGUGCGAUCUCCUAUGGUCUGACCCAGAUGAUCGAUGUGGUUGGGGAAUUUCUCCUAGAGGUGCUGGAUAUACCUUUGGUCAGGACAUAUCCGAGCAAUUUAACCAUAGUAAUAAUUUAAAGUUGAUUGCAAGAGCUCAUCAACUAGUGAUGGAAGGAUAUAACUGGAGUCAUGAGCAAAAAGUUGUGACUAUAUUUAGUGCACCUAAUUAUUGUUAUCGCUGUGGGAACAUGGCAUCAAUUCUGGAAGUUGAUGACUGCAAGGCGCACACCUUCAUCCAGUUUGAACCAGCUCCAAGGAGGGGUGAACCAGAUGUUACUCGAAGAACUCCCGACUAUUUCUUAUGAUGCGGCUAUUGUCAAAUGAAAAUUUCUAGCAGCAGCCGUUUCCAAACAUAUGUUUUGGCUGUUUUUGCAUUGGAGAAUUUCAGUUUCCCUAUGGUGGGAUGGGUGGUUCGGGGGCCAAAAGCAUGUAAAUUUCGGCAGGUUGCUUCAGGAGGGAGUGCAUCCUUGAAACAUUCUCAAGGUUUUGCAGAAGGAAGCUAUAGGGCUGGCGACUGAUUAACUGCAUAUGUAACAUCUCCAGAGAACAAUGUAUUGAACCUUUUUAUUUUUUUAGUAAUUUGUUUCAUGUAAUUUUCUUUUCCCUUUCCUUUGGUUCACGAGUUCGUUUUCUUUUCUUUUCUUUCUUUUUUCUUCCCUGUUAACUGUUUUGUAGGAUACUUGUAGUAUUUUUGGGGGUUUACAGAUGGACCAAUAGUUUAAUUUCCUUCGAUGAGUGCCUUUA